UGAUGAAUUUCAUCUGGCACCAACCCAACCAAACUCAUCAAAUGCUUAUCUAUUCAAUCCAACUAUCCAUCUGCGGUAACUAAAGCCACUUAACUGAAGCACCAUCUCCUCCCAACCUCAACUCAAUAUUAGAGUCAAAGCCGCACCAAAAUAUUCCCCCGCCAAUUACGCAGUCUUGUCCGUGCCAAUUUUUUCCCCCUUCAAAAUUAAAACCCCACUUCACAUUCUCAUCGAAACGCACAAGCGCCUCUCCAACAAUGGGGAAAGAAGAGCAAGAAGGUGAAGAGUACUUGUUCAAGAUUGUGUUAAUAGGUGACUCGGCGGUGGGAAAAUCAAACCUACUGUCACGGUUUGCAAGGAAUGAGUUUGAUAAUAAUUCAAAGGCGACUAUCGGAGUAGAGUUUCAGACGCAGGUGGUGGAGAUUGAUGGGAAAGAAGUGAAGGCACAGAUCUGGGACACUGCUGGUCAAGAGAGGUUCAGAGCUGUUACUUCUGCUUACUAUAGAGGUGCUGUUGGUGCACUUGUUGUUUAUGACAUUACCAGAAGAAGUAGCUUUGAUAGCAUUAAACGCUGGCUUGAAGAGCUAACCACUCAUUGUGAUACUACGGUGGCAAGAAUGCUGGUAGGAAAUAAGUGUGAUUUGGAGAAUAUAAGAGAUGUUAGCGUAGAGGAAGGUAGAAGCCUUGCAGAAGAAGAGGGAUUAUUCUUCAUGGAGACAUCUGCACUUGAGUCUACUAAUGUUCAAACGGCUUUUGAGAUUGUUAUCCGGGAAAUUUACAGCAACAUUAGCAAGAAAGUCAUAAACUCUGAUGCAUACAAAGCUGAGUUGUCCGGCAACCGAGUCACUUUGGUCAAGGAUGGGGCCAACUCAUCAAAGGAAAGUAUGAUCAAUUUCUCAUGCUGCACCAGAUGAGCUCUGUUCAUUUCACCUGAUAUUUUUACCAAGUUUUUCCAAUUUUGAUGAAAGUUUUCAUUAGGGUAAGCUAUAAAACAUGAUUGUAUUUCUAUUUCUAAAGCCAAUUAUUCUGAAUGUCUUACGAUUGUUUACCAAAUACAAUUGAGAGCUUUUAAUAAAAAGGAUCUCACAGUUUACAUACUCAUAGGCAACUAAAGUGUAUCAACCUGCCAAUCUACUAUCAAAAUCACAUAAAUUCUGUUCUGC